GAAAAAUAAAAGUCAAAUUUUCAAGUAAAAAAUUAACUAAAAUUAUAAAAUUAUAUAAAAUAUAAAAAUAUAAAAUAAAAAUUCUAGUAAAAAAAAAUGGAUAACUACAGCAAUGAAGAAUUCUAUCCUGAUAAUUCAUACAACGAGGAUGCCAAUUUUAGAAAUGGUUCAAUGAUGGAAGUAACCGACGGUCUCUUUUCAAGAUGCGAGAAAAAAAAUGAAAAACGCGAGGACUCGACUAAAAAGGAAGUGACAAAAAAAUCAUCACGCGUCAGUUCACAUGCAUGUGAACAAAAGCCAAAAAGAAAAGUGAAUCCCUAUAUUUAUUUUUACAUGGAAUUAUAUAAGAAAAAUGCUGGAAAGCAUGUCACUUGUGUUGCAAAAGAAGCGGGAAAAAGAUGGAAUUGCAUGUCGGAGAAAGAAAAACAAAGAUAUCGAGAUCUGGCAAAUGCACAUAAUGAUGCCAACAGCAAUGCUGCGGCAAAUGCGGCAGCAAGUAGAUAUCCAAAAUUGAAUAUAGAUGUCAAACGAAAGAAGUGACACUUUCUUUGAGAGAGAAAAAAAAUUUCCGCCUUUAGUUGCCAUGAAGGAAAAUAAUAUUAUCCAAUGAAGCUCAUUGUUUAAUCUACCUACGAAGCGAGGAUCAAUAAGGUACGCUCCAUCGACUCCAAAAGCAAAUCAGGUGGCAUUUUCUCGCAAGAUUGAUUCAGUUAACAAAUAAAAUCAAAUUCUAGAAUGGCAAACUCGAAUACACCUCUUCCCCCCUGUCUCUUCUUCAAGUCUUCAAGGUCAACAAUGGAGAAAUUAACUUUUUAAUUCAACUCUCUCUCUCUCUCUCACACGAUAACAACUUUUUCUCAAAAAUAAAGUUCAAUUCCAAGAAAAAAGAGAAAAAAAAGAGAAAUGAAAAAGCCAGGGCAGGUUUACUAUCGUUCCAAUCUAUCAAAACUUAUUCUUGGCCUCGUGAAAGACUCCAUUUGGUAAAAAUAGACAAAUUUUAUAUAUAACUACCUACGGAAACUCUAUACGGAAAGAAAAAAAUUUCAGAAUAAAAUUCUUCAUUCGAAAAAUUAUAAUUUUGUAAA